AUGUGUAAGUUCUGUGACUUCACGUUUGAGGGCGGAACCAAUCGCUGCGCAAUUCACCUUGCGAAAUGGAAAGGGCAGGAGAAACGCGCUGUCCGGCUUUGCAAGAAGGUGUCCGCGGCAGUCAGUGAAGAAGUGCGCGGCAUGUACGAGGAGAAGGUGGAGAAGCAGGGCGUCAAACGAGGGGCGGCCGCUGCAGCAAUUGACUCCGCGCUGGGCGCGGUCACUGGUUCUUCAGAGAAGAAGGGGAAGAUAACGUCCUUCAGCGAUGAGGCGACGAGCGCCAAGGAUAACGCCCUCUGCCUUUUGAUCGCGGCGUUAAGACUUCCCGAGCGCAUCGCGGAUGACCCGGUCUUCCGCUACGCGGUCCAGUGCUUUGCGCGCGCUGGACCGGGGUACGUCUCCCCCAACAGGCGCUACAUUGGAGGGGCGGGCUUGAAGAAGGUGCGGCAGAAAAUGGAGGAGGCGCUCGCCCCCGUUGCCGCCAGCUGGAAGCGGGACGGGGUCACCGUGUCGUCGGACAUGAUGACUGACCGUUGUGGCCGCCCGCAGGCCAACGUGCUCCUUGUCAACGACUCAGGCGCAGUGUUCGAGCAGGCGGUGGACUGCAACAUGGAGUCAAAGACCGGGGGGUACAUCGCCAGCCUUCUCCGCCCCGUCAUUGAUAAGGUGGGGCCGGAGAAUGUGGUGGCGGUCUGCACUGAUGGCGGCAGCAACUAUGCCUCGGCAGCCAAGAAGAUUGCGAGCACAUGGCCGCACAUUGAGCAUGUGCCAUGUGCCACGCAUGUCCUGGACCUGAUGAUGGAAGACGUGGGCAAGAUGGGAUGGGCGAAGGGGCUCGUGGAGAAGGGGGGAAUGAUGAUUACCUUUGUGCGCAACCACCACUUCACCCGUGCUAACAUGAAGAAGGGUUGGGGGAAUCAGGUGCUCAAGCCCGCGGGGACCAGGAAGACUGCAGCCGAGAAGUUCAGGGCUGCCGUGAUGGAUGAGGAGUGGUGGGGGCUGGCGGUGUUUUUUACCUCUCUCAUGGCGGUGCCGUACAAGGCCAUGCGGGCCACGGACUCCUCGGCGAAGGGGAUGAUGGGUAAGAUGUAUGAUAUCAUGCUACAACUUACCGAGGACAGCAAUGACAAGUUGGACAAGGCAGGGGACUAUUUGACAAGGGCGGAAAAGGCUGAUAUCACCAAGAUUGUGAAGGACAGGUGGGACAACUCACUUGCCUGCCCCAUGCAUGUGGUUGGCCGGAUCCUGAAUCCGGCCAACCAGGUGGAGGGAAUUUUCAGGAACGACAUGGAGUGCACUCGAGUGUUCAAGGCCUACAUCGAGCGCCACUACGACAACAAAACCUUCAGGCGUGGCAAGGAUGGCGCCCCUCGCCGUGCCUCCCUUGUGCUGCAGGAGGCAUUGCUGGCCUACAUCAACAUGGAGGGCAGCUUUGGCACGCCGGCCGCCAUCUCUGCAAGGGAGGCAGUGAAGAAGGGGGAGAUGAGCAUGGUGCAGUGGUGGUCGUGGCACAGCACCGACACGGUUGUCCCCAGUAACAUCCCGGAUGCCCCUAUCCCUCGCGGCUACAACAUGGACGAGGAGGAGGAGGAUGACCUGCUGGGGGGGGAAGGAGAGGAUGCAGUUCUGGCGGAUGAGUAUGGGGCAGGGGUGGUGUUGGAAAAGCUCCGCAAGGAACUCGGCUGUGGGGAUAGCUAG